AUGAUUGCUGUUUUAUUUCCUGAUAAAUCUCAUAGUGUAUUGCAUUCUUCUUGGUUCAAAUUUGUCAAAGAUUUUGAUGAAUGUGGCAAAUAUAGUUGGGGGUCCGCGUGUUUGGCUUACCUUUACAGGGAGAUGUGCAAAGCAUGUCGUGUAGGAUGCAUGAGUGUUGGAGGAUGCUCACUCAUUCUCGCUGUGUGGACAUACUAUCGCAUUCCACGACUUGCUCCAAAGAGUGAAAUUGCUCCAUCCUAUCCAUACGCCACUAGAUUUGCACAACGAGGUAUGGAGUAUUUCUCAUCUCCAAAUACUUUUCUUGAUGGAUAUCGUUUCAUUUUGGAUCACAUGGUCCAAGGAGAUUUUUUGUGGAGGCCUUACGAAGAAUAUCCUCGUCGCACUCAACGAGAAGCUCGAGCGUGGAGUGCAACUACAUAUAUUAUCUGUUUUCAUAUUGUGGAAAUGCAUCACGCCGACAGGGUUAGGCUUCAAUUUGGUUUUACGCAAAACAUCCCUCAACCCCCGAGGUGUCUUGGAGAUCAUCACUUGGUAACGAAGAAUGAUGUAAAGGAUUGUAAUUAUCGAGAUGUGAACAUUAACGAGAACAAUGAGUGGAAAGGUAGAAAAAACUUAAUAAUGACAGCUUCUACUCAAGGAUUCAUUGACAUCAGUGAUGAUCAAGUACUCGAAAAUUUACCGACAAUAUCUCCACAACAACUGGCGAGGUUUAUGAAUGAUGGUCCGUCGCAUCAAAACGAUGAACUUUCAAGCGACGAUUCUCCACAAAGGCAACCUCCACCAAACAUUGAGCAACCGUUAGUACAGUAA